AUGGAGCCACCACAGUCGUAUGUCAGAUACAGCCAUGGAGACACCAAAGACGUAUGUCAGAUACAGAUCUCGUACAGCCAUGGAGACACCACAGUCGUAUGUCAGAUGCAGAUCUCGUACAGCCAUGGAGACACCACAGUCUCCAACUGUCCCCCACACUGUCGCCAAAAACAGUCCAUCUGUCCCCUUCACAGUCCAGCUUUUUCCCACACAGUCCAACUGUCGCCCCACACUGUCGCCCAGCACAGUCCAUCUGUCCCCCUCACAGUCCAUCUGUCCCCCUCACAGUCCAACUGUCUCCCACACAGUCCAACUGUCCCCACACAGUCCAUCUGUCCCCCUCACAGUCCAACUGUCCUCACACUGUCCAGCUGUCCCCACACUGUCCAGCUGUCUCCCACUCAGUCGCCCCACACAGUCCAACUGUCCCCACACAGUCGCCCCACAGUGUCCAACUGUCCCCUUCACUCUCAUACUGUCCCUACACUGUCCAACUGUCCCCCACACAGUCCAACUGUCCCCCACACAGUCCAUCUGUCCCCACACUGUCCAACUGACACCAACACAGUCCAAAUUUCCCCACACUGUCCAACUGUCCCCACACAGUCCAGCUAUCCCCGCACUGUCCAACUGUCUCCCACACUGUCGCCCCACACAGUCAAACUGUCUCCCACACUGUCGCCCCACACAGUCUCACUGUCUCCCAAACAGUCGCCCACACUGUCCAACUGUCCCCACACCGUCCAACUGUCACCACACUGUCCAACUGUCCCCCACACACUCCAACAGUCUCCCACACUGUCGCCCAACACAGUCCAACUGUCACCUACACUGUCGUCCCACACAGUCCAACUGUCACCACACAGUCCAACUGUCACCACACAGUCAAACUGUCCCCACACUGUCGCCCCACACAGUCAAACUGUCACCACACAGUCCAACUGUCACCACACAGUCCAACUGUCCCCACACUGUCCAACUGUCACCACACAGUCCAACUGUCACCACACAGUCCAACUGUCUCCCACACUGUCGCCCCACACAGUCAAACUGUCACCUACACUGUCGCCCCACACAGUCCAACUGUCACCACACAGUCCAACUGUCACCACACAGUCCAACUGUCCCCACACUGUCCAACUGUCACCACACAGUCCAACUGUCACCACACAGUCCAACUGUCCCCACACUGUCCAACUGUCACCACACAGUCCAGCUAUCCCCACACUGUCCAACUGUCCCCACACUGUCCAACUGUCACCACACAGUCCAACUGUCCCCACACUGUCCAACUGUCCCCCACAGAGUCCAUCUGUCCCCACACUGUCCAACUGUCACCACACUGUCCAACUGUCCCCACACUGUCCAACUGUCCCCCACACAGUCCAUCUGUCUCCACACUGUCCAACUGUCACCACACAGUCCAACUGUCCCCACACUGUCCAACUGUCCCCCACACAGUCCAUCUGUCCCCACACUGUGGCCCCACACAGUCCAUCUGUCCCCACACUGUCCAACUGUCACCACACAGUCCAUCUGUCCCCACACUGUCCAACUGUCACCACACAGUCCAACUGUCCCCACACUGUCCAACUGUCCCCCACACAGUCCAUCUGUCCCCACACUGUCCAACUGACACCAACACAGUCCAAAUUUCCCCACACUGUCCAACUGUCACCACACAGUCCAGCUAUCCCCGCACUGUCCAACUGUCUCCCACACUGUCGCCCCACACAGUCAAACUGUCUCCCACACUGUCGCCCCACACAGUCUCACUGUCUCCCAAACAGUCGCCCACACUGUCCAACUGUCCCCACACUGUCCAACUGUCCCCACACAGUCCUACUGUCCCCCACACACUCCAACAGUCUCCCACACUGUCGCCCAACACAGUCCAACUGUCACCUACACUGUCGCCCCACACAGUCCAACUGUCACCACACAGUCCAACUGUCACCACACAGUCCAACUGUCCCCACACUGUGGCCCCACACAGUCCAACUGUCACCACACAGUCCAACUGUCACCACACAGUCCAACUGUCCCCACACUGUCCAACUGUCACCACACAGUCCAACUGUCACCACACAGUCCAACUGUCUCCCACACUGUCGCCCCACACAGUCAAACUGUCACCUACACUGUCGCCCCACACAGUCCAACUGUCACCACACAGUCCAACUGUCACCACACAGUCCAACUGUCCCCAAACUGUCCAACUGUCACCACACAGUCCAACUGUCACCACACAGUCCAACUGUCCCCACACUGUCCAAAUGUCCCCACACAGUCAAACUGUCACCACAGUCCAACUGUCACCACACAGUCCAACUGUCCCCACACUGUCCAACUGUCACCACACAGUCCAACUGUCACCACACAGUCCAACUGUCUCCCACACUGUCGCCCCACACAGUCAAACUGUCACCUACAAUGUCGCCCCACACAGUCCAACUGUCACCACACAGUCCAACUGUCACCACACAGUCCAACUGUCCCCACACUGUCCAACUGUCACCACACAGUCCAACUGUCCCCACACUGUCCAACUGUCCCGACACAGUCCAACUGUCCCCACACAGUCCAACUGUCCCUACAGUCCAACUGUCACCACACAGUCCAACUGUCCCCACACUGUCCAACUGUCCCGACACAGUCCAACUGUCCCUACAGUCCAACUGUCACCACACUGUCCAACUGUCCCGACACAGUCCAACUGUCCCCACACUGUCCAACUGUCCCGACACAGUCCAACUGUCCCCACACAGUCCAACUGUUCCCACACUGUCCAACUGUCCCUACAGUCCAACUGUCACCACACUGUCCAACUGUCCCCACACUGUGCAACUGUCCCUACAGUCCAACUGUCCCGACACAGUCCAACUGUCCCCACACAGUCCAACUGUCCCGACACAGUCCAACUGUCUCCCACACAGUCCAACUGUCCCCACACUGUCCAACUGUCCCCACACAGUCCAACUGCCCCUACAGUCCAACUGUCACCACACAGUCCAACUGUCCCCACACAGUUUCACAGUUCACUGUCUCCCACACUGUUGCCUAACACAGUCCAAUUGUCUCCCACACAGUCCAACUGUCCCCACACAGUUUCACAGUUCACUGUCUCCCACACUGUUGCCUAACACAGUCCAAUUGUCUCCCACGCAGUCCAACUGUCCCCCACACAGUUUCACAGUUCACUGUCUCCCACACUGUUGCCUAACACAGUCCAACUGUCCCCCAACAGUCUACUUGUCCCUACACAGUCCAACUGUCCCCACCCAGUCCAACUGUCCCGACACUGUCCAACUGUCCCCCACACAGUUUCACAGUUCACUGUCUCCCACACUGUUUCCAAACACAGUGCAAUUGUCUCCCACACAGUCCAACUGUCCCCCACACUGUCCAACUGUCCCAACUCAGUCCAACUGUCACCUACACUGCCGCCUACCACUGUCCAACUGUCACCUACACUGCCUCCUAACACUGUCCAACUGUCCCCCCCACACUCCAACUGUCUCCCACACUGUCGCCCCACACAGUCCAACUGUCACCUACACUGCCGCCUACCACUGUCCAACUUGCAAUUGUCUCCCACACAGUCCAACUGUCCCCCACACUGUCCAACUGUCCCAACUCAGUCCAACUGUCACCUACACUGCCGCCUACCACUGUCCAACUGUCACCUACACUGCCUCCUAA